ACAGGAAAUCUAAAACGGUAAGAAACAAAAAAGACAUCUCGAAAGAAGAGGAGUGCUAUUCCUCCUAAAAUAUAGUGUUAAAGCAAGAUUACUUCACUUUAUGUUUAAAGUUAAGGGGAGCACUGCUGGUUGAACUUGUGUGUGCAUCCUGGUUAUUGAGUCACUAAUCUUCACUCUCUCAUUCUGCUUACAUCGAAAAGUAUACUUUGUUAACAUGAAAAAUAAUUGACACCAUGAUGCGGAAGAAGAAUGGCAUACCAUGUAGAUGUGGGAUUAAGAGUUUGUCCAUGCAUCUGAUGAAGGUUUGACAACUUGCAGUCUUGUUCGUUAACAACCACUGAAUAAUGUAAGCUGGUCCCAUGUGGCAGAGACUAGAAUUACAUGCUACAAUUGCUUAUGCAUGUUUUAUCUUCAGCAUUAUCUAAUAUUACAGCUUCCCUGAUGAGCAUCGGUCUCUUCAUCACACUGCUGCUGCUCAUAUCCCUCUGUGGAUUUUGAUUGCUUUUAAUUUUUGUUUAUCGUAUCUAUUGUAUCAAAAUGUGUCAGUAGACAUUCAGACUGUUCCUAGCUUGCUACUGACAGUUACCAGCACUGGAGGGCUAAAGUACACUGAAGAAGUUCCAGCUACAGUACUUCAAUGUAAUGAACAGCGAUGUAAUGAAAAGACUACAAUUUGCAAAAUAUUUCAUUCAAUAUAUGCUAAGUGUUGGAUUGCACAAAACAUCACAUUAUUUAAAGGAGCAACAAAAAUAAGUAAACUAACCAUACUGCAUCUGAUUUUACAAUGUAAGUGGUUUCACAGUGACAGCAGCAUUUGUGGUGCAUGAUUUGUGAGCAUUUACUUUUCUUGUAAAAGACUCUUAGAACUGCGUUUUACAGUACAGUAAAGAAAUUUUGCAAACUAUAGCGAUGACUGAUAUGCUACAGCUUCCUGCUGUACAGAUCUCAUCUUCAGGAAAUGGCACUGUGGUCUGGUCAAGAUCCUCAACUCCAACACUUCGCAGAAAGCGUUUCAAAAUGAAACGUUGGAAGAAUGUUCAGAGUGAGAAAGAACAAAUGGUGAGCAACAUUUACUGUGGCCCAAUAACCAAAGAGUACCUACAGCUUCCUUCUAUUGAGAUUACUCCAUCAAGUGACGAGGAUACUCCUUGGUCUAACUGUUCCACGCCAAGUGCUUCUCCACGCCGCAAACGCUUCCUGUUGAAGAAAUGGCUGAAGGUUCGUGAGAAAGGAGAAGCAAGUGAGACCAGCAGCCAGCAGAGUAGCCAACAAAGCAGCCAUGAUGAUGACUCUUCUCGGUUCCUGACUCCAUACAUACGAGAGGAAAGGUCAGACAGUGCUACCGACAGGUUUGGUACUGCCAGUAAUUCUGCUCGGAGCACCCCAGCCUGCUCACCCAUCCUGAGGAAACGAUCAAGAUCCCCAAUUCCUCAGAACCUAGAGGGUGAGACAAUGGUGGAGAAGGGCUCGGACCAUUCCUCAGACAAAUCACCUUCCACCCCAGAACAGGGUAUCCAACGGAGCUACUCUUCCCAGUCAGGUCGAAGCAGCAAGAACUCCAAGUCUCACAAGCGACUUUCAAAAUAUGACCGCCUAAACCUGAUAAAAAAAAGCCAGAGCUGGUACAACCAUGAAAGACAGCACAUCAUGAGAGUUUUGAGUCCAACAUACAAACAACGGAAUGAGGAUUUCAGAAAACUCUUUAAGCAGCUGCCAGACACAGAACGCCUCAUUGUUGAUUACUCAUGUGCCCUUCAAAGGGACAUCCUCCUGCAGGGGCGUCUCUACCUCUCAGAAAAUUGGAUCUGUUUCUAUAGCAACAUAUUCAGAUGGGAAACACUGCUCACUGUACGUCUCAAGGAUGUCUGCUCAAUGACAAAGGAGAAAACAGCUCGCCUCAUUCCCAAUGCUGUCCAAGUUUGCACUGACACUGAAAAGCACUUUUUUACUUCAUUUGGAGCCCGAGACAGAACCUACAUGAUGAUGUUCAGACUCUGGCAAAAUGCACUGCUUGAAAAGCCUCUUUGUCCCAAAGAGCUGUGGCACUUUGUCCAUCAGUGUUAUGGGAAUGAACUUGGUCUGACCAGUGAUGAUGAAGAUUAUGUUCCUCCAGAUGAUGACUUCAAUACAAUGGGGUUCUGUGAAGAAAUCCCAGUGGAAGAAGUAGAGGUGAAUGAUAAUGCGUCUAAAAGUAGCUUAGAAGUAAAGACGGAUGCCAGUCCACAGAUGCAGAAGAAAUCAGUCACGAACAGCACAAUAACCUCCACAGCGAGUAGUGAGGCACCUACCUCAUUUGAUGGCAUUCCACCAGAUGAGGAGGUUGACUGUCAUUUAGAAGGUGAAAUUGAACCCCUUCAGGCCAUUAAGAAGAAUGAAGUCAGUUUGCCAGUAAACACUCCUUCCCUGGACUUUAACGAUAAUGAGGACAUUCCAACAGAACUUAGUGAUUCCUCUGAAACACAUGAUGAAGUGGGACUAACUACAGCUGAUUUUAAAAAACUGAAAACAGGAGAAGUGCAAGCAUUUUACGAUGACCUCAAUGGCAGACAGUACAUUAAUGAGGUUUUUCAUGUCAACGUGGACAAGCUGUAUGAUUUACUCUUCACUGAUUCCCAAUUUCUGCGAGAUUUCUUUGAGCAGCGGAGAUUCACUGACAUGGUUAGUCAUCCCUGGAAGAAAGAAGUAAAUGGUAAUCAGUCCCGAGUGAUAUUAUACACUAUUGCUCUCUCAAACCCACUUGCGCCAAAAACUGCCACAGUGACUGAGACCCAGACUUUGUACAAAGCCAGCCAGGAGAGUGAGUGUUAUGUGAUCGAUGCAGAGGUGAUUACACAUGACGUUCCAUAUCAUGACUACUUCUACACAAUCAACAGAUACAGCCUUACGCGGGUGGCAAAAAACAAAAGCAGACUGAGGAUAUCAACUGAACUGAAGUAUAGGAAACAGCCAUGGGGGUUAGUGAAAUCGUUCAUUGAGAAGAAUUUUUGGAGUGGUUUAGAUGACUACUUCAGACAUUUAGAUAUUGAACUUGCAAAAAUAGAGAAACAAUAUGCUGCUGAACUGCACAGGCAAUCUCCAAAAGAAAAGCCUAACAAAUCAUCCACAAUUCGAAGGAGAAAACGGCCUCACAUGCAUGUGCGAAGCCAACACCUUGUUGAAACAGUCAGCCCUGUUACUACACCAACUGACGAAGAGGUAGCCCAGAGGAUUAAACAUGUGGCAGGUUCCACACAAACUAAAUACAUCCCAGAAGAAAUUCCAGGAGGAAUUCAACUUUACAGUGUUUCCAAGUUAUUGCUCAUCGUAAGCUUUGUGAUCUGUUUAAGCUUGGUGUUAUUAGUAUUUCUGAAUAUGAUGCUAUUUUACAAGUUAUGGAUGUUGGAAUAUACCACACAGAGUCUCACUACCUGGCAUGGGAUCAGGCUCCAGGAGAGCAAACUUCCCCAGUCACAGGUGGAGUGGGCCCAGUUAUUAGAAUCACAACAACGUUACCAUGAUGCUGAACUGCAAAAAUGGAGAGAGAUUUUAAAAUCGUCAGUGGUGCUUCUAGAUCAGAUGAGAGACUCGUUAGUAACUCUACAAAAAGGCAUCGGUUUGCGUGAUUACAGUUCUGAAACAGACAAACGAGAUCGAUUUCACUGAUGGGCAUUACCAAGGCCGAAAAGGGAAUAGUGUGCAAUAUAGUUAUGUAUAAAUUUUAUAUAUAUAUAUAUAUAUACAUAGACACACAUACAUAUAUAUAUAAAAAUUAAAAAAGACACUGGAAUCACACGCUGAGUUGGACCUUCAGGACUGCUGCCCAGUCAGCGGAAUCACAAUUGACAAAAUCAAGAUCCUUUACUGAUUAGUAACUAUGAACAGAAUUAAAUUCUGACAGCACUGAAGCAUCAUGAGAAGACAACAGCCUCGCUAAUCUGACUACACACUCCUUGUAAAUCCUAGAAUGUUGUACUGUAAGCUUUAACAUGUAACAAAAGCAUGUAAUAAUUUGUGGGCUGUCUCUGUUGUGGAAGACAUGUAAAUUGAAGUUCCAUGUGCUCUGUGUUAAAGUAAGAUAUUCAUCAAACACAAAUAGGAGCAGGAUGAGGAUCUUGAAACUACAGGUCAUUGUGCCUGAAAAAACACCAUUUAUUAUUAACAAAUUAAUCAAAUGUAUUGAUUCUUACUCAAUGAUGGAUAAAGAAACUGUGAAUAUCUGUAUUGGUAAAACUUGAAGACAUUCUAAGUUACAAGUGACUUGCAGAUGUAUGGCAUGUCAGUCUGUUCAGUUUUAGUUCUACAAUUAUACAGUAGAAAAUUGAAAAACUACAGAGAAGUAACUGGAAUCCUGAUGUGACUGACUUAAAUAUUUAUAUUAUUGUAUAUACAGACUAAACAAUCUAUCAUAGGCAGGUCACAGAAUAUAUAGAGCAAAAGUGUGUCUCUGUUCUGUCAUUCUCAUUGCAGUGUCUUGAUGCUGCAAAUUGCUCACCUUAUGCUCAUAGAAUGCAUGUGUGGACCCUGAUUGUGAGGCAUUCCAUGUUCUGUGUUAAAAUGGUAACAGUUUGCUGCAGAUGAAAGUGUCAUUAUCAGUACCAUUAAAAUGCUGAGGGAAUUUCUGGGAAGUGCAAGGCUGAGGAGAUCUGUGUUGUCACGAUUAGCAGUGCUGCAGAAGUACAGGAUGGUCUGUUUUUAUUUCUGCAGCUGUAUCAUAGAAAAUAGAAAAAACUACAAAUUAGUACAGUUUUCUUUCUAAAUAUUCAUAUGUUAUUCAUUUUGACUGGCUUAAUGAGAUUUAAAUUUCCCAGCAGGAGUCCAUCGCUCUAAAUUAUUAAAAGAAAGAGUUAAGGAUUUAUCUUGAAUUUCCCUGUGAGACUUGGUUGAUAGACCAAGCAGGAUCUUAUCAGGUUCAGUGGGAUUUUUAAUUUGAAUGUCCUGCCACUUUGAAGAACAGAAAAAACACCCUGCUUGCUGACAUAGCACAUGGAAGAUGCAAGGAUAUAAUGUUUAGUGACCAAAAUUCAAUGCGAGUAGCUCAUGAGAACAGAAUAAAUGUGAUAAGAAGAAUGUUGUGGGGGAGCAUACAUGCUGCUUGGUGGAAUAGGGACAGAGAGCUGAUAAAAUGAAGUGGCAACAGUCAAGCACUUUAAUCCACCCAGGCCCCAGUAUCAUCAUUGAAUUAAUACAUGCUGACACGUUGGUAGAUCAUUUGCAAUAAUAUGCGCAAGAAUAAAACAAAACCAUGUGGGACCUUGGAAAUGGAGGCUCACCUGAUGCGAACUGUUUAGAACUAAAUAAAUUAUCUCCCGUUCCCAUAAUCCAAAAAAUGUAAUAUUUAAAUAGUUCAUUUAUAAUAUGUUAUUGUAUAAUGGCUUGUCUGUGAGCUGACUGAAUCAGAAAGUAUGUGUGUAGGUUGAUUGAUGCUAAUUGGUUCUUCUUGCUCCAAGAUUGACCAGCAUUGUUGAGCAUUCAUUUCAAUGGCCACUCUCGUCUUGAUAUGUUUCAGUAAUGUUGGGAUAUAUUGGGGGUAUGAUUUCUGAUGUUUCAGAAACAGAAAAAAGUGUUGUCAGACUUCAGUGCUUUUCAACAUGAAACUUAUGAUAACUUGGUGUGUGUAGAUGCUACUCCCCUAGAAUUGUGGAUUCUGUUAGUUCUUUUUUAUUAGUCUUAUGGAAACCGAUGUUUGUAAGACUUGUAAUGAAUACUGGAGGAAAAACAAUGUGCUUUAGAAUUUUGAAGGGAAUUAAACUUCAGUAACUUACUCUAUAAGCUCAUCGUACCUGACAGCAUCCCUGCAUGGGCAAUGAAUAGAUUUAUAAUACAGCUGCCAAUGUGUACUAUGUCAAUGCAGUCAGAUGCAAUAAGAUAUGAUACCAAAAUUAAGGUGCUUUAGUGUGACUGAUACAACCUUUUCUUAAAAGAAAUGGAUUUCUAAAAAGAACAAAACUUUCUAUUAGUUCCAAAGUUUGUGUUGUCAAUCUGAAAUUAUUUAACAAUAUUUAAUAAAUUAAAAUGAGAUGUGUGAUUGAUGAGCUAUUUGCAUUGUAAGUGUGACCAUAAAUAGCCAGUGCAUUGUAACCUAUUGUCAGAAUAUUUCAGUGCAAUUCAUCCAUAAGCCCACAUUAUGUUGUCUAUAGGACAAACCCAGCCUACAUCCCACAAUCGACUUCAAUCAUGGGAAAUAGAAAUAGCCAUGAUUAAUUCAAAUGUAGACUUCAGCUAUUUUAAUAAGUAUUGACAAGUUUGAUCUACCUGAAUUAUAGUAUCAUUGUUCAAUGAACAGUUCACUCUCAGAUAUUGCAGUCAUCUUGCUUUUUGUCAUGCACUGAAACCAUGUUUAAUGUGAAUGGUAGAAUCAACUGGCAGAUACUUUGCAGUAAAGUCACAAAUCAGACUUGAUAGGUUCAAAAUGUCAAUCACUCCAUAUACAGUAGUAUCAUAUCGAUGAACACAGGUUUUGCUUUUUGUACUAAAAUAAUUUUUUUAAUUCUAAACUCAUUGCUACAUUUUUGCGUUGUCUUUAAUAUUUGAGACUAUAUUUUCAAUAAAUGGAACCAAAUUUAAAAAUAGUUGAAAAAAUAUUGGCACUGCAAAACAAAAUUGGAUAUUUUGACACUGUUCAGCUACUUAGUAUUUUUGUGUCUGUGCUUAGUAUUGCAUAGUUUUACCAGCAUAUUAUUAGUUGAAACAUUUUCUUAAACCUGUUCAAUUAUAUGGUUUGUUUUGAUUUUAGAGUUUACAUUAUGCAUAACAUCAAAAAUCAGUUGAGCAGAAUUGUAGAGAAGUGCUAGAAUCAGGAAAAAAAUAAUGCAGGCCUGAAAGUAAAUUUCCAAGCCAUGAAUAAAUGAGUGAAUGAGUGCAUGUGUGCCUGUAUCUGUCAGAAGGAAAGAGACGAGUUAUAUAAAAUGCAUAAAUUACUGUGCUGACAACUGCGUGAUAGUCAGCGAAUCAACUUUUGAGUUCCUCAUAUGACGCGGUUGAAGUGGUCUGAAUGAAAAUAUUUUCCAGUUAAACUGGGCUAAUUUUCUUCAAAUACAGUACCAUUCUUGGUGUGUUACCCUUACAGAGAUAUCCCACAGCUAUCCUGUUUAAAAAGUAGUAAAAUGUCCUAAUUUGAUUAUCUGAAUACUAAGGACAAAUUCUGAAACAAAAUCUAUUCUAGUGGACAUUUGAUAAAGGUUGAUUUUUGUAUUUAUUUACAUGGAAUUUACUGACUUAGCUGUUUUUUUUAUUUCUUAUGACAAGUGUUACUUUGAGUGUAGGAUCAUUUGGUUUAAAUUUAUUAAUUUUUUUAAGGUAGCACAGUGUGUUUUACCAUGACAUAGUAAUCAUAUUAUAAUGAAAGUGGUAAAGUGAUCCCUGUGCCUGAAAAUAACUUGUGACCAAAAGAAUUCUAAAAGUAUAGAACAACAGUAAAAUAGAUCUGGUCCAAUGAAUUAGAGUAAACUUUUUCAAAGCAGUUAUUUCUAGUCAUUUUGUAUUGAUAUGACACUUUUGAAAUCUGUGUAUUAAUACGACUUGGAGUUACAUUACAUUUGCAGAAACAGUAUCCUGUAUUGUAAAACAUACUAAUAAUGUAUACGUAUGUUUAGAACCAUUGCCUCGUUUACUGUGAUUUGUUCGCAAAUUCUUUAGGCAUGCCCGUUGUCCAUCUUUUGUCUCUCAGUUUUUGCAUUUUAUGGUUAAACAUAAUUAGCACAUGUUUCACUGAUUCCCAAAUUUAGCAUAAAUCUAAAAUCAGACCGAGGUAGAUGAAGUACCAUUUCUGAUAACAUGGAGCUUUGCUGCAUGUGUUAUUCUCAAUUUGGCCCUGGAAACCCAGCCGCACAGCCUGCUAAAUUUAAUACAGUGGGUAGAAUGUGCAUGAUCACAUUAGUAGAGUCAAAUAUCAUACAGAUAAGAAGUCUAACCCUUCAGUCCUCCCACUGCAGAUUUGGCCUUUCCUCAAAUAAGAAAUAAAAAAUGCUGUAAAUGUUUGGCGAGCCAGCCAGCAUACGUGGAGAGAGAAACAUAGAUGAAGGCAAAGAUUUACAGAGGUUAGACAGAUCCCGCACUGCCUGCCCCCACUCCUGGAAGGAAAACAGCGAUGAUUGACAGCUGAAUAACAAGCUUGUCCUGCAGCAAGAAAGCACCAUGAACAGUGUCAAGAGUGUGGUACUGGAAUCAUCAGGAAUCCUGAUGAAGGACUUACACCCGAAUCAUUGAUUCUCUUGCUCUUCGGAUGCUGCCUGACCUGUGCUUUUCCAGCAUCACACUCUUGACCCUGAUCUCCAGCGUCUGUAGUCCUCAUUUCUCCAAUAAUGUAGGCCACAUUAUUGCAGAGUGCUACUUACAGCCCUCAUUUGGGGAUUUCUGAUCCGCUUAGCUGGUAGCUCUGAAAGCUAAGUGCCAGAGCAGAGCUCAGUGGUGAGCACUGAUAGAAUUUAAAGAAGAACCAUGAAGAAAGCCCAUUGGAUCCCGGAUCCAGGUAAGUCGGGCAUGGUGGAAGUGGAUUUUUAAGACCAUGUGGAAGGAAGUGGGCCUCCUGCUAUCUGUGUGGCUUUGCAGAUGAGUAUCUCAUUCCUUCCCUCCUUAAAACAAUGGGCUGCCAGAUUCUCACUCACCUGCCCACCCCAACUGUUUUAUGUCAUGAGUGGAUAAUAUUGAGUGGAAUUGAACUAUUAAUAAGAUCAUUUUGAACAUUCAUUAUUUCUUAACGUCUCAUAAGACCAUAAGAAGUAGGAGCAGGAGUAGGCCAUUCAGUCUCUUGAGCCU